ACCGAGCCAUGGUGAGAAGUUCCCACACGGCCGCGUGUGCUGUAACAAGGUGGUAUUGCCUGCAAUAACAAACCUGCUCUCAGGUAUUUCGAUGUGAAAGAAAACCAAUAACCAGUUGAAGGAACCGUCAGCUCCGGAGAAUACCCUCGACCACUUCUGCAAUCUGACAGCAAACGGCAUCUUUGCUGUCGGAAAUUCUUCACAAAGCUGAAGCCAAAACAAAUCCUGGUCCUACCUGGCAGCCCAAGGAUCAAGCAUGAUGUCAGUGCUGGGAGUAGCCCUGCUGGGCUUGGCUCUGCUAUCAAGAACCGCCGUGGCAUUUGUUCCCGUCGGGCCUGGGACGUCCUCUCAUGUCAACAUGACAGCAACAGCCCUGUUGCAACAAGUAUCAGAGGCAUGUCAGGCGGUGGCUGACGCAGCGGGUUAUGGAUUCCAACCCACGGGUUCCUCUCCUGAGGAGCUGGUUCAGGCCUGUCUGGGACCCACAGCAAUAGGAAUGGUGUCAGGUGCCAAAUUUCACUCUGCUCUUCAAGAGAUAUACACCCAGAAUGGACUGAUAGACCGUGACUUCAUCGACAGUGAUCCGCAUCACUUCAACUCCGAGGCAUUCCUGGAGGGACGUAGCCUCAUCUUGGAGGGCAUGGCGGCCAUUAAGGCUAACGUUCGCAAUGAGAACUUCCAGGCUGCCAGAGAAACACUGGGCAGAGUCCUUCAUACACUACAGGACUUUUACAGCCACAGUAACUGGGUGGAGCUGGGAAACUCGGAGCCCUACAUCAACCUCAUACGCCCAGAUCUGCCAUUGGACAACCUGGCAGACGUCAACACUCCCACCUGCAGAGACUGUGAGAAAGGACCAUGCACCAAUUCCAUCCUGCCAGAAAUCCUAGAAAAAAAGAAACUUACAUCAGGAUACAUGGGAGUCUUCUUUUCUGCAAAGCCACAAGGUAAAUGUAGCCACGGAGGUCCAGGGGACCUGACCAGCACAACAGUUCCCCGCGGUGGCAUCAACAAAGAUGAGCGUCGCUUAGACAACGUGGCUGUCCACAACACUGCUGUGAGUUUAGCCACAAUUGCAAGCGUCCAGCUAAUAGAGGACAUCCGCUUUGCUGUUGGGGACAAAAACUUUCUGAGGAUGAUGGGGAUUGCCCGCUCAUCUGUCGUGUGCUUUGUUAUUGACACCACCGGCAGUAUGUCUGAUGACAUCGCUGAGGCCAGGUCGGUUGUUAACAAACUCAUUGACAGUAAAAAAGGAACACAGGAUGAGCCCUCUGAGUACAUCUUGGUGCCCUUCAAUGACCCAGAUUUUGGACCUGCGACCAGGACAUCAGACCCUGAUAAAAUGAAAGAUGUAAUCGCUAAACUCCAACCGCGUGGAGGGGGCGAUAUCCCUGAGAUGUGUCUGUCAGGACUUCAGUUGGCUCUCACUACCGCCCCAUCCUCCUCCUACAUCUACGUUUUCACUGAUGCUAUAGCCAAAGACAUCGAACUCAAAGACACGAUUAUUGCUCUCAUCAGGCGCACCAAGUCAACGGUGUCAUUCUUCAUGACUGGGUCCAGUCGGAGGCGUCGUCGCUCCCCCACAACUGCUACCUUUAAUGAUUACAAGGACAUGGCUUUGGCCUCUGGAGGCCAGGCCAUCGAAGUGUCCAAGAAACAGCUGCCUGGGGCCACAGGCAUCAUCAGUGAUACCGCUACUUCAGCUCUGGUGACAGUUCUUCAGCGAGCGGGGAACCCUGGGGCGCAAGAGACCUUCACCUUCGUGUUGGAUGAAUCGCUUCAAAACAUCACCAUCUACAUCACAGCAUCAGGCAUCAUUUUUACACUGAUCAACCCUGCAGGUGUGAGCCAGAGCAACACUGAGGCCAAUGGUAAACUGGGGAUCAUUCAGACAGUCGGCAACCUGAGGAGAAUUCGUCUCAAUGCUGCCCACCAGUCGGGUCCCUGGAAGAUCAGCAUGAAGUCUGACCAACCAUACACAGUCAAGGUCACAGGCCAGAGUAUUAUCACAUUUAUCUAUAACUUCGUGGAAAUGUUCGAGGGACCUCACCCAGGUUAUGCAGUACUCAGUGGGCGUCCAAAAGCAGGCCAGCCGGCCACCCUGCUGCUCUCAGUGGUGGGUAAGAAAGGUCCGUCCUCGAUGACCGUCGGAGACAUCAGCCUGGUAACUGUGUCUGGUCCUGAGGUUGUGAGCAACAGCUCAUUGACUGACAUGGGCAGUGGAGACAUCCUGGUGACUGUUGAUGCGGUGCCCGACGGGGAGUUCUUGGUCAUUCUGAGAGGAAAAGACAAAGUGUCAAACAGCUACUUUCAGAGGCAGUCGACCACCUCAAUGUCCGUCUCCAAAGUGACCCUCCAGUCUGUGGUGGCCAGCAGUGUGAGGCCAGGAGAUGCCUUUGAGAUCCCCUUCAGUGUAAGGACCCAGGGCUCUGGUGGUCUUUACUCUAUUGUGGCCAAGAAUGACAAAGACUUCCCCAUGUCCUACCCAAGCAGCCUCAGCUUGACAACUGGAAAAUACACUAAUGACACGUUGACAAUUACGCCACCAGCCAGCACACCGUCCGGCACUGAUGUCACUCUGACAAUGGAAGCCAAGUCGUCCGACGGUGUCGACUCCAAUUACGUCGUUCUGAGAUUGUCCGUUGUCAAGAAGAUAACAGAUUUUGUUCAGCCUAUUUGUAAAGUGGUGAGUGUGCUGGCUGACGACUGCCCUCAAGACGUGUCCCAAUGUGGACCUUUCCAGUGGGAGCUUGUGGCCAACCUCACUGACGGAAACGGCACCGGGAUAGAGAGCAUCUCCCUGCAACAGGGCAAUGGAACGCUCUCGUUCACCUCCCUGGAAGCUGCCGUCAUCCAGGCGAACUACAACGCAUCCUGCUGCUCACAGAUUGUGGAGUUCACAGCUGUCGAUAAAGUCGGCAACGUGGGAAAGUGCUACCACUCAAUCGUUCGAUCGGGCAGCCCUCCUGCUUUAACGCUGUCGCUGCCACUGUGGUUGUGCCUGUUGAUGAUCCUUUAUUAAUAAAAGCAACGUGCUUGUGUUAUGGAGUGAAACUGUAGCUGGUGACGGUCGUCGUGAACUCGAAUACUGUGCUUGAAUCAAAUGUGCGCACUGAUCGAUUCAGUGGUUGAUGAAUGUUCAGUAAAGUUGUCUCAAAUAAAAUGUUUCAUAAAGAAAACAUUUGGUUGCAAUGCAAGAAUAUUUUCUCAUGUUUGUAACAUGUUCCAGUUUUUACAAUAAAAUCUUGUUUGGGGUAAA